CACUAGGCAAAAUGGAAACGAGACUCUGUGAAAAAAGAAGCCAGACUGGACAUUGUAUGCAAAGUGAAGAGGAAACAAAAAAAGAACCAGGCUCAAAGUCAAAGGUAGGUGCUGGGGAAAGAGUUUCAAGGUUAGAAAUUGCAGAACAGGCUAACGAAAGGCUAGUCACCCACAUGGAAAAUACCUGUACCAAGCGCCAAAUACCAGACGCUGGUAAGCCAGGCUGUGGUCUUGGUUACCUUGUACCUUUUAUAAAGGAACAUUAUGCUGAUGAAAACAAAAGGUACAAUCAGCUGCCGACACGACUAAUUGGUGAUCAGGCUAUUUCCUUGGGCCGUUAUGGGUAUCAGUUAAUCGAUGGUUUGGAAUGCGUUGAUGAAUCACCUGGCCAGCACCUGAGGACUGUGGCCUUGAGCAGGAUUGUACUUUACCUACGACAGGCCUGUACAUUGUUCAACAAAGUGUCGACAAAUAAAGCUGAAGUGCUAGAGCUCAAGGAAUACUGUCAAAUCUACUUCAAUUUAUACUGCCUCUUUUUCCCCAAUUAUGUCAAUUGUCAAUGUCAAUUACUGCGAAGGAUCGUUCUCAUAUACGAAUUAUGUCAAUGUUACUACCUGGACAAUAGCUUAGGCAAUCCCUUAUCAUGCAUUGAAGAUCUAUGA